AUUGUAGCCUGGCCAGUCUCCCUCGAUCGAAUACAACGCUGGUUUCCAUCGCCCUUAACAUUUUAGUCACAAACUAUCAAAGCAAACACAAAUUCUUUAAAAAAUUCUUCAACUUACACAUAUGAAAUAUAGGAUGAAGUUGAUCUUACUUGCAUAAUUUCUUAUUACUUCAACCCUCCAAAGUCCAAACCAUCCAAUUCUUCUUAUUCAGAACAUUUUUCAGUUUUGCUGCACUCUCUUCUCCUCUUCUCUGUUCUUCAACCUAAAUAGUUUCCACAAAAAUUCAUCAGCAAUGGGAAGUGCUGAUGAUGAAUACGGAGUUUCUUCGAUUAGGAAAUCCUCCCAACCAUCUCAAACCAAGUUCAAACUCAAGAUACUUAUUUUAGUCAUACUCACAAAUCUUGUCACCAUCUACAUCUUCACAGGCCCUAAUGUUCCCAUUCCUCAGAACCUCAACCUUCCCCUGUAUUGGGAUAACUCCAAACUCCUCCGCGAGCUCAACGCAACGAAGCGUGAGCUCGCAAACAGCCGAACCCAGAUCUCCGAUUUACAAGAACACCUGAAAGCCACCAACAUUCUUUCCAAAUCCCUUCAGGAACAACUCACCGAAUUCAAAGAAGCCAUCGACGAACAUCCCCUGUCUGGUGUGAGUUUUACCCAAAUCAAUCCUUCCUACAACGAAUUGCUAAAUGGGUUGUCUCCUGAAGCUAAGCGGGCAAUGGGUCCUCAUAAGCUUCCGCUGGGGUACUAUUCUCGGGUCGGAUCAGACGAGCUUUACCCUUCUGUUGGUGGAGCCUGUUUGAAGUAUAAAGACGAGUUGGAGGAGUUCAUGAAGUACGAGGUUGGGGGAGAAUGCCCUGUAGAUGAUGUGUUUGCUCAAAAGCUUAUGAUGAAAGGAUGUGAACCAAUGCCGAGGAGAAGGUGUCAUCCUAAAUCUCCUCGGAAUUACGCCGAUCCGACUCCGUUGCCGGAGAGUCUCUGGUCAACUCCAUCGGACACGAGUAUCAUUUGGGAUCCUUAUUCAUGUAAGAACUACAGCUGUUUGAAUAACAGGAGGAAUAUGCCGGGCUAUUUCGAUUGCAAUGAUUGUUUUGAUCUGAAGGGAAGGGAGAAAACGAGGUGGUUGGUCGACAAUGGCGGGAUUGAUUUCGGGAUUGAUAAGGUUUUGAAGGUGAAACCUCCGGGGACGAUUCGGAUCGGGUUGGAUAUCGGAGGCGGGUCGGGUACAUUUGCUGCUAGGAUGAAGGAAAGAAAUGUGACCAUUGUGACAACUUCGAUGAAUUUGGAUGGUCCGUUUAACAGCUUCAUUGCAUCCAGGGGAUUGAUUUCGAUGCACGUUACGGUUUCGCAGCGGCUUCCGUUCUUCGAAAACACGCUGGAUAUUGUUCACUCGAUGCAUGUUCUGAGCAACUGGAUUCCGGAUGAGAUGCUGGAACUGACGUUUUAUGAUAUUUAUAGAGUGUUGAGGCCUGGUGGGAUAUUCUGGCUUGACCAUUUCUUCUGCUUUGGUUCGCAGCUGAAUACGACUUAUGUUCCGAUGAUCGAUCGAGUUGGGUUCAAGAAAUUGAGAUGGAGUACCGGGAUGAAGGUGGAUCGCGGGAUUGAUAAAAAUGAGUGGUAUUUUUCUGCUCUUUUGGAGAAGCCCAAGUUAUAGAUCAAAUUUUCACAACAUUUUAGCUAGUUUAUCAAAUUACAUGUAUGCUUUGAUUAUUUAGUGUAAUUUUGAUCUUCUUUUUGUUGCAACAUCAAAAGAUAGCUUAUUUGAAAAAUUAUGGUGUUUAAUUGAUGUAAUCUAUGAA